AUGGCUUCAACAGAAUGCGAGUUGUAUCUGUACACUCCAAGCCUAGCUCUUGCUGUUGUUGCAGUGAUCGCCUUCUCUGGCCUGGCAGCUGUUCUUUGCUUUCGCAUGAUUAAGACGAAGACUUGGUCCAGCAUAUUUUUCGUCCUUGGCGCCUUCGCCCAGCUAUCUGGCUACACAGCUCGUGUCUUCUCAACGCAGAAUCCUUGUAAUCGCGUUGCAUAUGGCAUUCAGUCGAUUCUUUUGCUACUGGGACCGACUCUAAUCAUGCUAUCCGUCAAUUUAACCCAAACGAAUUUUGCUCGAGCUUUGGAGGCUGAACAAUUCUGCUUGGUCCCAAUUCGAUGGCAGAAGCCCCUUUACUUGAGCCUCAACACAGUUUUGAUUAUCCUGCAAGCUGUAGGAGGCAUCAUGUCCGUCGCAUCCACAUCCAUCACGGCUCUCACCAUAGGAGGCAGGAUGACAAUUGCCAUCUAUGUUAUCCAAACGGUGUUCUGGGGCUUUACGUUCGCUGAAAAUGUCUGCAUGACUAUUCGACUUGGUCGCCAACAAACAGAGACCAGCAUGGGACCAUUGAAGAAAUGGAAAUCUUGGAAUCAGCUUUUUGGCCUUACGACUAGCAUUAUUGGGUUUGGGCGCAAUAUUAUGCGCUUGACUAUGGCAGGUGGGAUCGCCUUUCUCAUUGAGAAUGAAUGGCCAGCUUAUGCGUUUGACGGCUACCAAAUGAUUGUGGUCCUGGGAGCCUGGGCGAUUUUUUAUCUUCCUGAGAAGUGUGACGCUGUCGCGGAUAAAGGGACCUACAGGAGCCUUACCAGACUUGAGGAGAUUCGUCGCAGCCCUACAUAA